AUGGCAAAAGACGACUCAUGUUCAGGAGCGACACGCUCCAACGAAGGUGACUCUCAAGCCGUGACACUGAAAGCCACCACUCUACUUGCUCUGCCAGCCGAGCUUCGAAACAUCAUCUGGGCAUUGGUAUUGGGAGACACGACAUUCGAUGUUAAGUGCAAAGUGCAAAUCCCCUGGGGUACCACAAUCACGAACAUUACUGCCCAGACGAACAGCCUCGCACUGCUUCGAACCUGUCGCCAGAUCCAUUCGGAAACAAGGCUGCUCCCCUUCAGGCUCAACAAAUUCCGAUUCAGCAGUGAAGACGCAUUCAAACCAUGGCUUAGCAAGUUCGCCAAGACUCAACAGGCAGCCAUAACGGAGGUUCAUCUCGUUACCUGGAAGGCAAGGCACAUGGUCGAGAGUCGAGGUUUUGUGCCUCGGAGGGUGGGCGACGUUUUCCCGAUCGAGAAAUUUGAAGGUCUUCGAACGCUUCGAGUUGAGGUCCGGUACACAGGCGUCGUUCGUGAAUGUGACAAGUGGUCCUGCGAUGGCUCAGAGCUUGAGGAUACAGACUGCACUGAGCAGGAAGGCAGACUGAGGCUUCGAUGGGCGAAACCCAUCGCGUAUCUUCUCGAAGUUCUUCACAUCAUCAUCACCAUCACUAAAAGGGCACCGAAGAGGACCUCACUACGGCCCAACUCCAGGAACAGGGCUACUUUCGUCAACACUGCCUGGUCUCACGUCUUGAGGUCAAAGUUUGAGGCCCGCUCUCUCCGCCGGCUGAAGAACGGCUUGCUUGACGUUACCCGCAUGUCUAGGAAACAUCUGGACGCAAUGAGGACGAACUCCAAGACGCCGCUACUUCGACUACCACCGGAGGUCUGGAACCACAUCUGGGAGUAUGCGCUUGGCGGCAGAGUCCUCGAUGUUGUUUUCGUCCAAAAACUCAGAGGUCGAUGCAUCGAAGAGAGGACAUCGAUUGCCCCUGGUAUUUUUCCGUUGAACUCACAUGCCCUUCUGAAAAUCUUUCGACAGGGCUACACAGAGGAGAGAGAAAGCGUCUGGUUCAUCUCCAAUGAGGAGCAAGAAGACCGUCUUGUCAAGGCAAACAUCAAUAAAAUCACCAAGUACUUCAAGGAAGCUAAACUGGAUGCUCAUCUCGUGUUUGAGCACCUAAAUAACUACAUAAAAAUGGCCGAAAUCUCUCAGUUUGAAGGUGGAGAUUCUGCAUGA